AUGAUCCCCCCCCUGCCAACACCAGGCAUGUGGCAGGUGAAGCCGUCUCCUCGUGUCGACGUGCCAUUUCCAGAGCUCCCGUCCGAUGCAGACACGGAUUGGCGGCUCCGAUUGGGCCCGUCAGUCUUUGACAUCCACAAGGCUGGAGCGAAAGGCUCUGCAGGCCUUCACAACCGGCCAGCAACUCGCGACUGGGCCGGGGCCUACGGAGCCUUUGACGGGAUGUAUGACGAAUCGGGUGGAGGCACGGUCACUCCGUGCAUCUCCCAUGCAGAUGUGAUUGAAGCAAAAGAAAGUGGAUGUGGCCGCAUUUUCGAGACAGACUUGUCGCACAUCUUGCCCGAGCAGGUGUGGCCCUUCUUUUCUCAAGCGUUGGAUUUCAUCUACUCCGAGGACUUGGUCUUGAAUGAGGAGAAUGCCGUUCCACUACUCAGGUGUGCUGAGAGCUUAGCUCGGUCGGUUGAGCCUUGGUGCCAGCUUUCAUGCAGCGCUCAUGCGGAGGCGCGCUUUGUCUAG